AUGGCGGAUGGUCACUUGUUCAACAGUAUCUCUCUCGGAGGCCGCGGAGGCACUAACCCAGGGCAACUUAGAGUUCAUUCAGGGGGUAUAGUAUGGAAGAAACAAGGAGGUGGUAAGGCUGUGGAAGUUGAUAAAUCUGAUCUAGUUGGCCUUACUUGGAUGAAAGUCCCCAGAUCUAAUCAGCUUGGUGUGCGGACCAGGGAUGGUCUUUAUUACAAAUUCACUGGUUUCCGGGACCAGGACGUUUCCAGCCUGACUACAUUUUUCCAGACCAGUUGUGGGAUAGCACCAGAGGAGAAGCAGCUCUCUGUUAGUGGGAAAAACUGGGGAGAAGUAGAUUUAAAUGGAAACAUGCUUACGUUUCUUGUUGGUACUAAGCAAGCAUUUGAGAUAUCUUUGGCGGAUGUUGCACAAACACAACUUCAAGGAAAAAAUGAUGUCAUGUUGGAAUUCCAUGUAGAUGAUACAACAGGGGCCAAUGAGAAAGACUCUUUAAUGGAGAUAAGUUUUCAUGUUCCCAAUUCAAACACUCAAUUUCUUGGUGAUGAAAAUCGUCCUGCUGCUCAGGUCUUUCGAGAUAAGAUAGUGUCUAUGGCAGAUGUUGGAGCUGGAGGCGAGGAAGCUGUUGUCAAUUUUGAUGGAAUUGCUAUACUUACUCCUAGGGGUCGCUACAGUGUUGAACUUCAUCUUUCAUUUUUGCGUCUCCAAGGGCAAGCAAAUGACUUCAAAAUUCAGUUCAGCAGUGUUGUUCGUCUUUUUUGUUUGCCCAAGUCUAACCAACCGCAUACUUUCGUUGUUGUUACUCUUGACCCACCAAUUCGGAAGGGUCAGACGUUGUAUCCACAUAUUGUGAUGCAGUUUGAAACUGAUGCUGUGGUAGACACAAGCAUAUCAAUGAGUGAAGAUCUUUACAAUACCAAGUAUAAGGACAAGCUUGAUCUGACCUAUAAAGGGCUCAUUCAUGAGGUAUUUAUUUCAAUUCUACGUGGAUUAUCUGGUGCCAAAGUAACUAGACCAGGAAAGUUCCGCAGUAGUCAGGAUGGUUAUGCUGUGAAAUCAUCGUUGAAAGCUGAAGAUGGAGUCCUUUAUCCACUUGAAAAGAGCUUUUUCUUUCUACCCAAACCACCUACCCUUAUUCUUCAUGAGGAGAUUGACUAUGUGGAGUUUGAGAGGCAUGCUGCUGGAGGAUCAAAUAUGCAUUACUUCGAUCUUCUGAUCAGACUUAAGACUGAACAGGAGCACUUUUUCCGGAACAUUCAGAGAAAUGAGUAUCAUAAUCUUUUUGAUUUCAUCAAUUCAAAAGGUCUGAAGAUCAUGAAUUUGGGAGGUGUUCAGACUGCGGAUGGGGUUGCUGCUGUUUUACAGACUGAGGACGACGAUGCUGUUGACCCACAUCUUGAGCGGAUUAAGAAUGAAGCUGGUGGGGAUGAGAGUGAUGAGGAGGAUGAGGAUUUUGUUAUUGACAGAGAUGAUGGUGGAUCCCCUACUGAUGACUCUGGGGAAGGAGAAUCCGAUGCCAGUGAAAGUGGAAAUGAGGAAGAGGUACCUGCCAAAAAGAAACCCAAGAAAGAACCUUCUGCUCCCAAAGCAUCUUCAAGCAAGAAGAAAGCUAAAGAUGGGGACGAGGAUGGAUCAAAGAAGAAGAAACAGAAGAAGAAAAAGGAUCCAAAUGCUCCAAAACGGGCAAUCAGUGCUUUUAUGUUCUUUUCGCAGGCUGAAAGAGAGAAUGUGAAGAAGAGCAAUCCUGGAAUUUCAUUCACAGACGUGGGAAAAGUUCUUGGAGAGAGAUGGAAUAAGAUGACAGCUGAGGAGAAAGCGCCGCACGAAGCAAAAGCUCGGGCAGACAAGAAACGCUACACUGACCAGAUCAGUGACUACAAGAAUCCACAGACCAUAAAUGUAGAUUCAGAAGAUGGUUCUGACAGUGCUUAG